AUGGGAGGUAUCCCACAUAUUCCCACAUAUUCCCACAUCAGUCACAGCCACCAGUCGCCAGGCUGUGAUGCUCCCUGUUUGUAUGGCAACGUGACUCUGAGUUGCCAGGCUCGGAUUGGCUACCGCCACCGUGUCGCAUACAAGAAGAAGGAUGAUGGCUGCCUCCGAGCCUAUUGGGAUGUCAUGGACGAGUGCCCAGUUUGCCAAGAUUGUUUGGCAGUAAAUGCUGGAUGCAACAGAAGCAAAAUGGACUGCAGUGGUGAUCCUGACCACGAAAAGUGGGAUGAUGCCACCAGAGAGUUCUGCUGUUUGAAGCAGGGCAAGGCAUGUCCAUCAUUGAGGGCAUCACCUGUUAAGGUGAAGCAGACAUUCUUUGACUGCGAGGACCAUUUCUGGGAUUGGACCUCGUCCUGGAGCAAGGAGCAGAAGGAUUGGUGCUGCAAACACCAAAAGAAAGGGUGCAAAGGGAUGAGAGAGAGCAAAGCACCGCGUAGCAAGGCUCACAUCCCAGAUGCCGACUUCCAGAUCAUUUUGAGUGCAGAGCAGAUGCUGAAAAGGCAUGGAUUCACCUGGGAAUCUUUGCGAACACCUGGGCCAAGUGAAAGCUCAGUGUCACGCUUCACCAAGCCCUUCAGAUGCGAUGUUGCCCUGGACAACUUCCAUGCGGCUUGGAGUCAGGCGAAGAAGGCUUGGUGCUGUCAGAACGAGCAAAAAGGCUGCUCUUUGCAAGAGCCAGCGCUGCAAUUGACCUACGACUGUCGCGGGGACACGAUUAAUUGGCCAAGAGCCAAGAGAGACUGGUCGACCCAACACGGCAUCAGACGGGCUUUCCGGGGUUGCUCAUACAGGGGAGAUGAUGAAGUUUGUUCAGACCUUGCGGACGCCAAGAUUUCGAAAAACCCAUACCAGCACAGAGACUUGGCUGAUCUUGGCCAAUAUGCGGACUCCUUAUCGACGACGUGGAAAUUAAAGCAGCAGCAUUCGCAGACACCUGCACUGCCAGAAUGCCCUUGGGCAGAAAAGAUCUACCACCGGCGCCAGGUGAUCCUGCAGCGUCGCCGCGAACUCACGUCGCCGGUGAAGCACGUGCAGCUGAAAGAGACUGCAAGCUGCUAUGAGAGUGACCUAUUGCAGAUGAUGCAACGACUGAAGGGCGUCAGUGGCGUCAGAGACCAAUGCUCUGCGAAAGAUGAUGAGAACUUGAACUCCAUGGAGUUACAUCUGAAAGCCAUGUCUAACUGGGCCAUUGCUGAGGAUGUGAAGAGCGCCAUGGAAAUGGUCACAGGAGAGCUGGAAGCCGAAUAUGAGAAAAUUGUUGAAGAUCAUAUCACCAUCACAGUUGGCCAGAGUUGGACAGAUCGUUUGGUGAGUGUUGCAAAGUCAGUGACAGAGGACAUCGCGGGCGAAAUUCCGGUUGUUGGCAACGUCAUUGAGAAGGCCAUCGAUCUCUUUUGGCCAGAGAGUGAGGACGUCUACGAUAUUUGGCAGCUGAUUGUUGGGGAGGUGUCAGACUUGGUGGAUGUCAAGAUCUUGGCUUACGAGCUCGGUGACCGCUAUGCCGACCUCUUGGCUUUGAAGCGGGACAUGAGGCGAUACAGCAAGAGCAAAUCCACCAUCGACCGCGGCAACUUCCUGAGCAUCGCCUUGGCCAAAGUGGAGGAUAUCGUGGCCCAUCUCACGGUUUCCAGCAACAAACUCCAGUUGCUGCCACUGACGAUUGCCACGGCAACCAUCCAUUGUGUUAUUCUGCGGGAGAGAGUCAUUCAUGGCCCCUCCCUUUAUGGUGUCUUUGAUUCGUCAUGGUCUUUGGAACUGCAGUCAUCAGUGGCAUUCUAUCAAAGCUUCUUCAACUACACCUAUGGUGAGUGGUUCACAUGGAGGUCCGGCAAAGUUGAGACAAGUUCACAAAUGAAUGGAAGGAGACGCGGCUAUUGCUCAGCCAGCACCAAGGACACACUAACUGGAACAGAGUAUGACCUCUCUUGGGCCGGGGAGGCGUCAGACGACUCCAAAUGUGCAUCUGCGGCAACUAUGCAGAAGUCUCGUUUCGUGCGAGACGUUGCACGCUCCAUCGUUACGUCAUUAAGGACGGUGAUGUAUCUUCAGCGUUAUGUCCCUGGCAUGGAGACUGAACCUGUUGAGGUACUCCCAGCCAUCAAAUAUGUCAAGCUUGGACCCUUUGCAUACGUCUCUCAGCCUGUCUCCAACCUGCAAGUGUCGUACUCGGAUGAUUUGCCCACAGCUGCAACAAAUUGUGAUGCUGGUCCUGGUGACAUCACUAAAGUCACAGUUCGAUCUUACAAUGUCGUGGAUGGUUUCCAGAUCUACUAUGCUGAUGGGGGCCAAUGCAUCGGUGGCGCUAAUGGGGGAAAUGCUGAUGAUUUCGACCUCUCUGAUAGCAGGUACAUUACCAAACUCCAAUUUCACUUCAACGAGCCUGAGAUCGCACGCCUGGAGAUGAGCCUUUCAGAUGGCACUUCUGCCAGUUUUGGGCAGGGUGGUGGGGAUGUGGUUGAAGGCUAUGUUACCGACGAUGGCUCCUACAAAUUGGUUGGAGGUGUUUUAGGAUCAGCUCACAACAGCUACCUGGGCUACUUCGAACCAAUCUACGAGUUCACAGAUCUCAAAGUCUGGAGCAGCGAGCUGUUUACUUCCGACAGCAUGAAGAGUGGCGAGACACUCACCGCCAUCAGCGGCCUAGGGUCUGCCAAUGGAAUGUACAAAUUCGUGGUUCAGGACGAUGCCAAUCUGGUGAUUUAUGAUAUCUAUGACCGUGCAACUUGGGCUAGUGACACCGAUGGCAAGUGCCCAGAUGAAUCUCCAAAACUUGUACUUCAAACCAAUGGCAACUUGGUGCUGCUCUGUGGUACCAGCACCAUUUGGGAAUCUGGAACAGCGACAGAUCAGGAGAUUUGCCGCAUGCUGGCCAUGCAGAAUGAUGGCUCACUGGCCAUGUACAAUGUGAGAAAUCAAUCAGGCGUUUGGUCCAGCGAUGGCGGCAUUCCCUUGGGUUUUGGACCCGACAAUCUAACCAGUCCUGAUGUUCUGAUGGUCGGACAGCGAAUUGUCCAGGCCUACUACUUGCAGUAUGAGUUGGCAAUAGAUGCCGGAAAACUCGUUUUGCGACAAUGGCAGAAGAGUACGAUUUGGAGUGCUGGUGCUGGUUGUGACUCAAGUUACACUGAACCACAUCUGAAAAUGCAAGAGGAUGGGAACCUAGUAUUGUAUUGUGAUGAAGGGGACACUGUGGCCCCUUGGGCCACAGAUACAACAGACUCGUCUUUAACGUCGCUCAGUGGUGUCAACGUCCUCUACUUGAUGCCAAACGGAGACUUGCAGAUACGCAACAAGCGGGGCGAGCGGACGUGGACAUCAGUUGUCUUCACUCGACAGGUCAUUGGAAGCGCGGCCAGCAGUCGCCGGCCAUCUUCCGAAGCAACGGAGGAGAUCAGUGAGUUGAAGCCGUCGUCUACCAGCAUGGAACGUCGUGAAAAGUACAAGGCCGAGAGCCAGAGUGGUUUGGAAGAUGAUGAGGCUGACGAUGAUCGACGUUCUCCCAGGGGGUCCAAGCAGAUCAGGCGGCGAUUCCUCCGCCAGGCUCGCCCAGCUGGCGAGGUUCAGUUUGAAGAGUCCUUUCCUGUCAAUUUUCGCAUCUUUGACAAGAGGCGCACCUGCCAGUUCUUGGGCGACAGCGAUGAAGAGGAGGAACCUGAGUCUUCGGAUGAGUCCACCUCUGAAACCGAAUCAGAUGAUGACACCAUUGAGCAGCCACAAGAUGAAAGCAGAGUGGAGGUUUUCUACCAGUUUCAGCAAAGCGAUGAAAUUGCUCGCCGGGACUUACCAAAGGCAUUGGAGGCUUUAGGGUUUAUGUGUCCUCAAGAAGCCUGGCUUGCAGCUGCCUGGAAAUCUGUCAAAUUACCACAGGAAGCUCCACCAGAGAUGAUCGUGGAGGUCCAACAAGUGGAAAAAGUCGACUUGGAAGAUUUCUUGAAGAUUGUACAGGCCUAUGAGAACCGGCACCACCUGGAAUUUGCCACAGCCUUCGCGACUUGUGACAAGAAUGGCUCUGGCGUGGUCGAGAGUUCGGAGUUGGCUGACUUGCUGCUGAAUAUGAGUAUCGAGCCAAUGUCACACGUUCUCGAUGAAGUCAUCGAUGAGGUGGACACCAGCGGUCUGGGUACUCUGAACCUGGACGAGUUCAAGUCCAUCAUGCAACUGAUUCAGAUGCGGGAGGGUUUCAGCAAGAGCGAGUAUGAGGAAUUCAUUGCGGUUUUUCAGCGCUUUGACCGUGACAACUCCAACGAGUGUGAUGCUGCUGAAUUGGCCUCUAUUUUGAACUGGUUGGGCUUCGCCUGGUCGCGUGAUCGUAUGAAGGCUGUUCUGAAGGAGGUGGAUGUUGACCAGAGCGGCUCACUGGACUUGCGGGAGUUCAUUCUUUGCAUGCGAAAGGUGAGGGAGGUGGAACUUAAGGCGGUGAAGUUCCUUGGAUCACAGAUGGACAUAACUGGAUUCAGGUUAGUGAAAUAUGGUAAUUUACCCAGAUAUAUGCAGUUUCAGUGGCAUCAAAGCCCAAGACAUGAUCAGGGUCCCCUAAGGAAAGCCAUGGCGGAUGCAGAUGCAGAUGGGAACGGGCUGAUCUCCAAGUCAGAGAUGCCGGAUUUGCUAAAAGGUUUGGGAUAUGAUCCCUGGGAUGUCCACGUUAUCCUGGAGGCUCAGCGGAGAGCUGGGUUGGAGGAGGAACAAGAGCUUGAACUUGGUCAGGUUUGGCAGGUGCUGACGGUCUAUCGAAGGUAUGAUGGUUUUACAAUGGCGCAGUGCGAAAAGUUCCAUGAAAUCUUUGAGGAGCACUGUGACUGUGACAAGGAAACUGGAGAAAUUGGAGAGAUGGAAAGCAUUGAAGUCCCCAAAGCCUUGCGCAGCCUGGGCUUCAAGAUCACCUUCGAGGUGGUGCAGAGCGUCAUUGGCAGAGUGGACGUGGAUGACACAGGUACCCUGAGUAUUUCAGAGUUCCGAAAGAUGAUUCGCAUGCUGGAAGAACGUGAAUCCAAUGUCUACAGACAGGCCUUCCGGGAGAAUGCCAAGGCUGAGAGCAUCAGCGUCACUACAGCCCAGGAGAUCGCACGGAAAAUGGGCUCUCAGUUGCAGAGGCAGCACCUGGUGUUUGACGAGAGUGUUGAUGAGGCAGAGAUACACAUUACUGAGGAGGCCUUCACUCGUGCCUGCAGUAACCUUUCGCAGGAGAUGCGAGAGAUCUACCGGCAGAACGGAGGCUUCAGCACUGAAGAACUGAAGGAGUUGCAGGUGAUGUUCGACAGAUACGACUCAAGGAAGAUUGGAAAGAUAGCCAACAAGGACUUGGUUCGCUUGGUGGAGACGGUUUGCCCCUCGUUGGCGCGAGAGAAGUCCUUGCGGCCGCAACUCCAAGAUAUGAUGCAGGCUUGCCAGGAGUUCAAGGGCUGCCUCCGUUUCAAAGAUUUCUUGAAGCUCAUGCGCCUGAUCUCAGACUUUCAGGACAAAGAACGGGCUCAAACAGAGGCUACCUGUAUCAAGAACACAGGUUUUAACAGCUCAGAAGUGCAAGACUUCCGGGAGCUUUUCUUGGAAAUGGACGAAGGUUAUGGCGUUGUAACCUUUGAAUCCUGCCGCAGCAUGAUCCAUGCGAUCACACCUUUGGGUGAUAACCUCACCCACCAGCUGAAGCGCAUUUUUGACAUCCAGACCAGGAAAAAGGUCCAGAAUGGACGAGGCAACACUGAUGAAGCGGACUUUCCUGAGUUCCUGCUUUUGAUGAAGCAGCUGCUGGACAUGAACUUUGCGAAAUUACGGGAGAAAAUUGGCUUUGACCGCUGA